CUCCAACCCACUUAUACAACCCACCUAUCUACCCGGGCUGGGAACGCCUCCUACCACGCGACUCUCGCCUUGCGACACGCCUACAAUCCACUAGAAUCUCAGCGGCGCUGUCGACCGGCAAGCACUCAUUGCCCGCCUUCACACACGCCCGUUACCCGCGCUCCCUGGCCCACAGACGGCCAACCGUUCUACUACUGCACACAACCCUCCUUCUUCACCUCCGCGGCCCGAUUCCAUGGCCCAGGGUACGAAACCCUCGUCCGCCGUACCUCCAGCGGGAUCGCUCAAUGGGACAUCACAGGCCGCUCUGCCCAUGGGAGUCAAUCGCAAAAAGCAGAAGCGGCGAGAGAAGUUGGCGCUGAAGCAAGCGGCUGAAGCCCGCAGGCAGACUACGGCUCCGGUUCAGAAUGGCAACAUCACAUCCUCCCAUGGCCGUCAAUCCGCCCCCGCUCCAGAACCGGAGGAUUCCAGUUAUGUCCCGGACGAUGACGAGGGAGACUUCUAUUCCGAGGACGAAGAUGGGCACGACAACCGUCAGGCUUAUGGCACGAACGGUCAUCCGUCCGAGGGGUACCCAAGGGGCGGAGCCGCAGGUUCUGGACGCAAGAAGCCGAGGAAGAAAAAGAGGAGAGGAAGCGCAAGUGCCCAACAGGCUCACUACAUCCCAUCCCAGCCGCAUACAACCAGCUCCACCGGAACAUCGAAAAACCUAUGGAAUACCACGACCAACGAGGAGCGGAACAAUAUUAGGGAAUUCUGGUUGGGGUUGAAUGAGAACGAGCGCAAAUCAUUGGUCAAAAUCGAGAAGGAGGCCGUUCUGAAGAAGAUGAAGGAGCAACAGAAGCACUCUUGCAGCUGCACCGUGUGCGGAAGAAAGCGGCAUGCCAUUGAGGAGGAACUGGAGGUGCUAUACGAUGCUUAUUAUGACGAGCUGGAACAAUACGCGAACCAGAGGCAGGACAUUGGCCCCAUGCUCUCCUCGGUGUUACCGCCUAGCCACCCGCCGCAGCCGCACGAACGCCGCCUCAUGCGCACGCAUCCUCCCCCUGGGCAGUACGACGAAGGAGAUGAUAUCUCGCAAGGGGAUGAGGACGAGGGGGAGGAUGAUGAAUACUCAAGUGAGAUAUCUUAUGAAGACGAUAGCUCCGUGGAACCGACAAGCUUACCUCCACACCCCGACGCAGAUUUCCUACAGUUUGGCAGCAGCUUACAAGUGAAAGGUGGCAUCCUUACGGUUGCCGAUGAUCUGUUGAAAAAUGACGGCAAAAAGUUCAUAGAGAUGAUGGAACAGCUUGCUGAACGGAGGAUGCAGCGAGAGGAGGAGGCCACGUACCAAUCCCACCAUCCACCGGACAUGCACAGGCGCCAUCAUGACCAAGGCUCGCCCCCCGAAGCCGACUACUACGACGAUGAGGAGGACGAGGAAGCAGACUAUGAAGAUGAUGAUUACGAGGAUGACGAGGAGGAUGAGGAUGACACGAUGACGGAGGAGCAGCGUAUGGAGGAAGGCCGGCGUAUGUUUCAGAUUUUUGCGGCGCGUAUGUUUGAGCAGCGAGUCCUUCAAGCAUAUCGAGAAAAGGUCGCUGCGGAGCGCCAACAAAAGUUGCUGGAAGAGGAAGCCCAGGAGGAGUUGAGGAAGAAAGAGCGGGAGGCAAAGAAGGCCCUCGCUGCGCAGAAACGUCGAGAACGUAAAGAGCAGGCAAAGAAGCUGAGAGAGGAGACAAAUGCUCAAAAGCAGGCCGCGCAAGCGGCCAAGGAAGCAGCAGCAAAGGCCGAGGAGGAGAGGCGUCAGGAAGAGUUGCGCAAAAAGAAGGAGGAGCAGAGGAGGAAGAAGGAGGCCGAGCGCAAGGCUCAAGAGGAGGAGAGGCAACGCAAGGAAGCCGAGAAACUGAGGCGACAGCAGGAGGAGCGAGAGCGUCAACUGGAGGCCGAACGAAAACAGCGCGAACUCAAGCAGCAGGAAAAGAAGGCCAAGGAGGAGGCAAGGCGGAAGGAGCGUGAAGAGCGUGAGGCGAGAGAGAAGGAGGCUCGAGAGAAGAAGGCGCAGGAGGAAAGAGAACGUCGUGAGCGUGAACUUAAGGCAAAAGCCGAGAGAGAACGUCAGCGUAAGGAAGAACAGGCUGCUGCUGCUGCGGCGAAAAAGGCUUCGCAGCCUAUUGCUGUUCCGCUACCACCGACCUUGGUAAAGCAGAACGCACCCGCCGGAGUUGCGUCGCCGCACAUUACGCCAGCCAUCCCAAAGGCUCCGGCUCCGGCUCCUACUCCAAACCGUCCACGCCAAACCUCUCAACAAGGCUCCCAUGGUUCAUCCCCCAAGACGCCACAUAUAGCUCCUGGCACGAGCCAAUCCAUAUCGCCGACAUCUCAGCUGCUCCACUCAGUCGCUCCCAAAUCAAUCGGAACCAAGCCGGCCACCUCUCAGCAACCCACGCCAACAUCUCACGGCUCAGCUAUGUCUCCUAUGCUCCCAAUAGCUCCUCCUCCCGGCAUGCCGGUGCCUCAUGCCAUGAACAUGCCGCCUGGGUUCAGUAGUUCUCCGUUUGGGCAAAGUGCCAUGGCGCCUCCCGGGUUGGCCGGCCCACGCUCCAGUAUCAGCCACAGCAAUCUGCCGUUCUUUCCUCGUGCGCCUGGCUCUCAGGGUUAUCCUUUGUAUCCUCAGCCUAGUGCUCACACCAUGAGCCCUCUGCCGGGUGGACGCGGAUUCCCGGUGAACUCACCACCAGGACUUGGAGAUAUAUCCACGUUUUCAGCUUCGGGACCAAUACCUGGAUACCCAUUGAGUGUACCUUCUCACUCUCGACAAGCAUCCGGGACGUUCGGCAAGGCCAGCACAGAGACACCGGCCGCCCCCACUCCGGCUCAGCCAAUAUCCCGGCCGACUCCCAUUCAGCGUCCUUCAAGUGUAAAACCCCAUGCAGAUGAUCACCACUCGGAUGUGGACGAGCUCGCCGGUCAUCUGGGCAGCAGAGCGCUGCUAGACGAUGCCGACAUUGAACCGCCUGUGGAGCCACGUCGAACCAGUCUGCAACACGGGCUGAAUACCUUGCGGCCUUUGACAUUUAAUUAUGGGGAUCAUCCUCCACUGCCUAGAAACGAUGGGUUCAAUUCUUUUAGUGGCUCUCCCGGCGGCGCAUGGGGAGCUCCAUCGUUUCCCGCGGCUGCUGGCCAUCUCUGGGGCGGAUCCCCCACCACAUCCGUGUUCAAUGCUCCGCAUCCGUUGCUGGGUCCCCCGCGACUGGGGGAGCAGCGCCUUGUCUGGAUCCGUCGAAUGCUCUGUUCGAUUUGUAGAACUUUCGCCGGCCGACAAUCCACCACGGACGGCUUCCUGGACAUCAACGAGGUGACACACCAACUCGACUCGGUGCUUCUUAACCAAAUGGGAGAGCCGCCGGCUUCGUCUGAGGAGAUCAAAGCGGCAUGCGAUGUCUUCGGAGAUCCAUCAAAUGGCGGCGGCACUCUGGUGUAUCGAGAGGUACCUGGGCCUGUACCCCAGCUUUCGCACAUCAAGUUCACCGAGGAAAGCGCGCCCAAGGCAGCUCUCGGAGAGAUUGGUAGUCCCGUCCCUGGGCACAGUGUGCCCAUCAGCGGGAGCGGUCUCAAUCGGCCAUUUCCCGGUCUCGGACGACCAGUAUAAUAACGCAGCUGGGACAUUGUCCGGCAGCCAAUAUCUGGCGUUGCCUCUUUGAGUUUUGCUGGCUUUGAUUGUGCAGGGCUCACUGACGGGUACUCUGCCCUUGUGCGGCGGUCUUGCUGACUGGUCCUAUCUUGGGGACGACGUCGGAGCGCAGAAGGGGAUACCCAGCUCGACCUGGAGGUUUUACAUGAGCGUCAUCACCUUUAUGUAGAAGAGUAUGUGACUUCAAAGAAGUCAUGCUAUCAACUAAUGAAUCCCUCUCGUG